GGUGUCCACCUCUUCUUCUUCUUCUACUACUCUCUUUUUUAUCGCUCCACUUCGCAGCUGCACCGCUGUUCAUCCUUCAGGGGUUUUCUUUUUUUUAUAAUUUGCAACAUGGGCUCAGUGCUACCCGCCGAUGCUAUGAGUCUCAAGUCUGGAUUUAAGUGUCCGAGCCGCUCGCUGUCGGACGUGAUCACCUCGGACAUCCUGCACAGCUUCUUGUACGGCAGGUGGAGGAACGUACUGGGCGAACACCUGGCGGAGGAGCGGCAGAGCGGCAGCAGCGGCACAAGCGGCAGCAGCGGCAGCCCCAAGACUGCGUUCACAGCAGAGGUGCUGGCUCAGUCCUUCGUCGGAGAGGUGCAGAAGCUGUCCAGUCUGGUGCUGCCCAGUGAAGUCAUCAUCGCUCAGAGCUCCAUCCCUGGAGAAGGUCUGGGCAUCUUCUCAAAGACCUGGAUCAAAGCAGGGACCGAGAUGGGCCCCUUCACAGGCAGAGUCCUGUCCCCUGAACACGUGGACCUGCUCAAGAACAACAACCUCAUGUGGGAGGUGUUCAAUGAAGACGGCUCUGUGCGCUACUUCAUCGAUGCCAGCCAGGAGGACCAACGCAGCUGGAUGACUUACAUCAAGUGCGCUCGGAACGAGCAGGAGCAGAACCUGGAGGUGGUGCAGAUCGGCAGCAGCAUCUUCUACAAGGCGGUGGAGACCAUCCCACCAGACCAGGAGCUUCUAGUCUGGUAUGGAAACACCCACAACACAUUCCUGGGAAUCCCAGGAGUUCCUGGAAUAGAUACAGAAGAACAUCUGAAGAAAACCAGGACUGAUGAAUCCCACCCCUGUGACGGCCCUUCCUCCUGCUCUCCACCCACCUGCCCCACCACAGCGUCGCGGAUGCGGUGCGUCAUCUGCCACCGCGGCUUCAACUCGCGCAGCAACCUGCGCUCCCACAUGCGCAUCCACACUCUGGACAAGCCCUUCGUCUGCCGCUUCUGCAACCGCCGCUUCAGCCAGUCGUCCACGCUCCGCAACCACGUGCGCCUGCACACCGGAGAGCGGCCCUACAAGUGUCACGUGUGUCAGAGCGCCUACUCGCAGCUGGCGGGCCUGAGGGCGCAUCAGAAGAGCGCGCGGCACAGACCGGCUGCGCACGCGGCAGAAGCAGCAUCCAAAGUGUCCCCUCCUCCGCCCCCACAGAUGACGGCCAUGACCCACCAACACCACCAGAUGCCCACCAUGGUGCACCACAUCCCCACCAUGGUGCUAUGAUGACAGAAUAACACGGAGGGACAGAAGAACAACGUUGCACUUUAGAUGAUACAGCUGUAGUGGAGACAUUAAGGAGAUCCUGAUGAGACUAUAAGGAAAUAAAUGAG